UUGAGCUGUCAAACGAGUCAUCAGAUAUUGGACUUGUUGGACAUAGCGUGUAAUAAUGAAGCGUGAUACAAAAUACGUGUGUGAUAUAAUAUGUUCGAGAAAAAAAGAUUUUCCAGUACCUAAAUCGACGACCAAAUAUACUGCGUAUACAUUGAAGUGUGUGAUAUUUAUUUUAAUCGUUUCAACUAAAAAUGUUAAUGCAUCUGAAUACAUAAAUGCUACAUCGUCCGGUGAUUUUGUUGCACGAUGUAGAAGAGAUUGCGUCAUUAAGAGGGACGUUGUGGUUUGUGGCAAAUACCGAGUAGCUAAGUGGUUGAACGAAGUCAUCCGAGAAAAGGAACUUUCUUAUGGGCCAUUCAGAGUAAUAAAAAUACCCUCAACAACUCAAGAAUCAAUUUUUCCAAGAAUGUCAAAUUCUAGAGGCUUUAAAUUUGGAGUAACAGAUACAGUCAAUUUUAUGCGAGAUUUAGCAGAAGAUUUAUUUAAGAAAAGAGCCAUUGUUUAUACAUAUGAACCUUCACCAAUAAUGGCAAAGUCAUUUGGAAGUGGACCAAUGAUUUUGGAUGAAGAUGAACUUGCUCAAAUGCAAAGAGGACAGUCAGAUGAAGGAAGAUUAUUUAAGAAAAAAAAGGCAAUUAUUAUUCCACUUUUGAUCCUCCUUAACUUAAUAAAAAUAAAAUUAUUGGUAAUUCCUAUUCUUCUGGGAGUCCAUUUAAUCAAAAAACUGAUCAUUAUUGGUGGACUCUUCGUACCUGGAAUUCUAUCGAAACUCCGAAUAUGUAAAGUUAAUCACGGUCAUCCAUUCCAUUCAUGGGCAACGGCUGCAGAGGCACCCGUUGAUUAUCCUACAGCUUAUGGACAUGAUGAUCCAGGCUGGGCUCACAGAAACGACUUACUACCAGGCGUGGGAGGAUAUGGAGGACCUUACCAUCCGUAUCAUUCAGCCUCGCCUUAUUAUAGGCCACAGCGGUGAUACGUCAAAAAAGACUUUUCUGCUGAAAGUCAAAUUAACUAAAAUAAUUUUCAAUGACUGUAGUAUUCAAUUAUUUAUUUAAAUAUUUAUUAUUAAAAAAAAUCACAUAAGAAUUCUGGGGGUUUUUAUUGACAAUUUGAGAUCGUGAAUUAUAUUACUUAAUUGUUUAAUAACUGAAACUGUUAUACACGAUAGUUUCUCAAAGGCUUCUGGGGAAAACAUGAAGGAUUACGGUUUAGGAAGAUAAGACCAACAGUUCUUCAAAUUAACACUUGUUGGAAUGGGUUUUUAUGACUUUAUAACAUAAGUAUAGUAAUUACAAUAAAAUGUUUGAAUAAAAACAAAGGUUUAAUUUACAUAAAAUUAUUAUAAAAAUGA